CAUCAAUGUCUCCUUCAGGUGGGGGGCAUCAAUGRCGUAUGGAGUAUCAUCCCCUGUUUUUUGGCCAGGAUGGAAUGAGCAGCUGGGGACCCAGAAAUUCCAAAAAUACAACAUCUGGAACCGCUUCCAAGCAAGAAAUUCCAUCUUCUAUGUUUUGUUGGAUCACAUUGUAAACCUCAUAUGCAGCUACUUACAUUGGUGUCUACUUGUCCUUCAACUCCAAUGAUAAAGGUAGUGGUGGUGUUGGAGGAAAUGGUGCUUCUGAAGAAGGAAAUCCAAAUGGUGGUGGUGGUUCUGAAGGACCAGGGCCUCCCGAAGGAGUCAAUGCAAAGGGCGAGAGGGAAYCAGGAGAUCCCGUUCGACUUCUGACCCAUCGAGACGAGCAAGAAUGAUACUAGUACUGUACGAUGUUGUCGUACGUACCGAACGUAGGUACCGGAACGCGAUCCUGACUCCUGACAUUACCUAUCACCUCCGUUCGAUCGAAACGAAGAUCCCGAUCUGCCCAAAGGUCCGAUGCGAAGAGGAACGGUACCGUACGAGUUCCAAAGCCCAGCCUUGAUGGGAACAACUUACCGUACCCAGCCUCCGGAACAAGAACCCCGACACACACCGGGAGCAUCGGGCCGAUACRGUGCCACGGACCCAGACAUUCCUGUGAGAAACCCAACGGGGACCGGCAUACACGGAACAGCUAGCUACCAAGUACUUGUACUUGUACUUGUACUUGUACUUGUACUUGUACUUGUUUUUUAGCUAGCUACGGCGGUUUGUCCUCUCCGCGAGAAGGCUUUUUCGCCGAACACCAAGAAAGGCAAGGAAAACCGAUCCAGCAAACAACAAUUGGUCGUGAAUGUGAAUGCAUCGCGGUCGUUCCAUUCGUCAGAGAGCCAGGUAUUGAGCGCCGGAAUCGAGGGAGAACCGACCCUCGAAGGGUGGGGAGAAGGCACUGCCUUGGACCGAACGCAACACAAGAAGACGAGGCGAGGCGGGGCGAGGCGAGGCGAGGCGAGGCGAGAGAACAACCCAACCCACCAGGGGAAGAAGGCGCGGCGAGAGGCAAAGGAAGCAUGCCGGCACUGCCGACAAACCCAGGGGGCCCGGUGCCGCCUCAUACGGGCAACACCUCCGACCUGCUCCCGGGGCUCAGCGACGCCUCCUCCGCCGUCUUUCUCCUGAAGGACUACUCCCGCUUCGGCCUCGCGGAGCGGAUCUGCUACCACUUCGACCUAACCGAGGCACUGGUGGCAUCCGCAUCCGUGUCCACACUAUACAACGCUGCGGGUCCUUCCGGCAAGGAUGAUGCGAGAAGGCACGACGGCCAGAGCGARAGCGGUCCCGGAGCACAAGGGGACAAGGCCGAAGGGGGCCCUUCCCCGGUGGUUGAUGCUGCUGCUCCCCCGUCGGCCUGCGGGGUGGUCCGGAUCCUCGAGAUGGCACCMGUGGCGGCGCCGAUGGCGAUCUCCCACCGCGUCUCCAAGCGACACCUGGUGCGGCAGAAACGCUUUCUCCGGAGAAAGCUGCGGGAAUUCAACGAACGGGCCCGGGCSUUCCACAGCGGGGAGGCCGCCGCCGCCGCGGGGGGGACCCUCUGCUACCGGCCGCAGGACCUCCCGCUCCGGUGCAACCCCUCGACCAAGGUCCUAUUCGGCUACGAAAAGACCAGGAUCGCCUUUUGCGUCGACGCCUCCGCCAGCAUGACGUCCCUCUUCGGAGUCAAUGGGAGCCGGAACGCGGGGCGCCGGAGGGGGGGAAGCAGGCACGGCCUCUGCCCGCUGGACCGCCUGCCGGAAAUGGCGCGGAUCUUUUUCCGGUCCCUGGUCGAGCCCAUCGGCAGCACCCCRGCGCAGGCGCCUUGGAGGCCGCUGGUCCACGUCACCGUCCUCGCCGUGUAUCCAAUGGGGAAGACGUCCGAGACCAGCCUGCUGGUCCGGGACUACCUCGUCCGRGACGCGGAAUCCGCGGACAAGCUGGCCGACCGCAUCGAGCRAUGGACGCACACCGAGGUGGAGUCCGGAAUCUCCGAGCGCCUCAGCCGGCGCCGGCCCGCAAACACCUGGUCCGUCCCGAUCUACUCCUCGAACCUCCGGCACRUCCUGGAGGCGGGGGACUACGCCCUCGACGUCCUCUCGUCGGAGGCGAGGCCGGUCAUCGUYGUGGCGACGGACGGCCGGUCGAUCUCGUGUGAGGGCAUCGUAGACGUCGUUCCGGACAUUUCCCGUGUCGACAUUCCUGUCCACGUCCUCGACGUGUCGCUGACCGAAACCCACACGAUGGAGGAGGACGACGCGUCCCCGAUGUCGAAGCAAGAGAUCAACUUUUUGACGUACGAUCCCGGAGGGUAAGUCCCGGUGGGGUUGGUCUCUGCCGUUCCGAACCGCGGGUACCGCAGCCGAACACUUGCGUUUCUCACACCCAUACACCCGCGUUUUUCCACGCUUUUCCUUCGAUUCUUUCGUGCCCACCGAACCCUCGUUGCAGCAACAUGGGGUUUCCGCUGUACCUCACGGACGAUUCCGAGGCCCUCUUCGUGGUGUGCCGGGCGACGGGGGGAUGCUUUCUGGAUCUCUCCCUGCUCUCCGAGGCAGCGAAGAGCACCGCGGGCCAGCAACAGUUGGCGGACGAGCUGGUCCAGCAAUCKUAUUCGUUCAAACGCAGAUUUGUCAAGAUGAACGGCCUGCAGUGGCUGACCCUGUUUUCGAUGUCUCCGAUCUCGCCGACGUUCAACUCCUCGUGGGGAAAACUCCUGCCUCCGUCGUACCUCCAAAAACAGCUCAGCAARUCCAUGGUGGAAGGGACGGCAUCGGCAACGAUACAGCCRAGCUACGCUUCGGAUGCACUGGAGGUCUUUCGCCACCAAAACAGCGCGCGACAAACCAUUGCGAGCGAUCCAAGCAUCACGACGUCGUCGGGAAGGAGACAGCACGCCCAGAGCCGGACCACAUUCUCCACGUAUGUCGUAUCGCCGGUGAGGAUCAAAGCCCUGAUACUKGCCAGAAUCAAAGAGGGKUAUCGUGCAAAGCAGUAUGGUCUGAGCACCAACGACCCGGACAAAGUGUUCAUACAAUUCACGCUGCCUCUCGAAUCGGGAACGAUUUUACACUACGAGCUGUCCUACAAGUCGCUAUCCCCGGAAAACCACAUGGUGGGAUCCGCGCACGUCAAGGUCGAACUGUCGGGCGAUCCGGGAUUUGUUCAAGCUGUAAARAACGACUUCCUCCACCAAUUGUCACAAGCUCAGGAACAACGGUCGUUUACGGUUCGACAGAAACGAUCGGAGCGAUUGUGCCAAGUCAUUCGGGGAAUGCGCCGCGGAGACUUAUUGCAGUCCUACCUGAAACCMCCCUCGAAUUGGGACAACAUAUUGGCGAAUCCGGGCUCUCCUUUUGUGAAGMGGCUCGGCACGCUGAAAUCCAUAGAAAGGAAACGGCAUUUCCAGGCCGAUCAAUUGGAUGUCGUUUGCACGGGAACCAUUCCYUAUGGGAUCGACGAUAAAUUUCUGAGCGGAUUCACGACGAACCAAGACGGUAGACGUGAAUURAUCGAUGCCAUCACGGACUGGUCGAGCCAGACGAUGACCAAAGGCUCGAAGUUUUUGAAGCGCGCACCAAACUCGGGGACGAUGACAAACUAUUGCGUUGUCGAGAUAAUCGAGUCGACCAAGGCUUCGCAACUUUUUACCAUGGACAUCGAGUUUUUUGGUGGAACCGAUCCGAUUCAGCGUUUCGAAACACUUUCUUCGUUGAAGACAACAAUCAAUCGGCUCAAAAAUGUCGAAGUGCUGGGAAAACAAAUAGCACCAUUUCUUAUUGGAAACAACAAAAAYGCAUUCCUCAAGAACGAUGUUCAGAUCCAAUUYCAUCACGCAAGCUGGGAUCUCGUCAAAGAUUCCGAGCUGCUGUCCUUGUUGUCGAAAAGAAGGACGGAAAUUGGAGGCUUCCGACUCCUUGAAUCUAGAGAUGACUACGCUCUUUUCGCCAAACUCGCAUCCAAAACGCUGGAUUCACCUGGUGAUCUGGUGCAAUACGAAAUCGCGGUUCAUGCCGAGAAGGUCGUCAUUGAUUUAUACAUGGAAAGCGAGAGCGGUGUCUUUAACCCAUAUUAUGCUAUUGGUGGGAGGGAUAUGAGUAAGUUUGGCAAAAUGGUUAACGUCAUACGGCGACGCGAUCAAGAAUGUGGAAGAGCAUUAAAAAGCAGGACGACUUUGCUUCGAGCCUUCGAGGAACCAGUCGAGAACCAAGGAAUGGAAGAAGAUCACGAACUAUGUGUGAAGAGACUUUUGGCCUACUCAUCACGAGUGACGAGAAAACUCCGGUUUUUUAGGCUCUUUGGCGAGGUAAAUAGUAUUCUCGUAGAGCUGACCUCUGAGUUGUUGCUCUCAAAAAUGUUUGGAGUGAAAUCUGCUAGGCUUCGGGUUGACCCUCGCGUUCUAAUCCGCGACGAGGAACCCGGUGUGUGGUUUAUCCUCGAAUAUGAUCGGCAAACGAUGAGCAUGAYACAUCUCUCAUUGGUCGACAAUGCCGAGACCAACGAAAGCAUUCAGACAAUAAGAGAGCUGACAUUCUUUACUAUUGGAAUUAGCGACUUAUACAGCAAGCGUGAUGAUUUAGCCGAUGACGAUUCAGCAGAAAGUCACAUCAGUGAAUAUCUAUGCGUUUCAGACUUUGCCGAUCGCUUCGAAGUCGAACAAGUGAAAAACUUUGCUCUAGCAGCAUAUCUUGCUUUGAGGCAAGCCUCUAAUGCCGAAGACGCAAAAAUACACAGAGCUGAUUUCGAUGAAGUUAUUAAAAGCCUACAAUUUGUCGAAGUGAGCAGCUUCCUUGUCACAGGAGCUAAACUCGAUAAUACCGAAGAGUAUUCGAAACUUUUACGUUCAAUCACAACAAUUCUGAGUCCGGUUCCAGGCGAUCAAUAUCAUUUUUACUAUUCUGGUCACUCAAAAAUCGACAUUCUCGAGGUGGGUGAAAACGAAUCAGGUGAUAGCUCUGGUGAUGAUUCAGUCAAUUCUGGCGAAGAUAUCAAUUCAAUAGAUUUCGUUGCACCGAAAGUUGGGGAGUUCGUUCUAUCCAAGAAUGAUCACUCGGUUGAAGGAAAUGAUGCUGUUUGCAUGAACAAGCAAGGCUCUUUGAACCCUCCAAUAUUUGUGCGGUUUCAUUUGGAUGGAAAAUUAGCAACUAUGGAAGAUCUAAAUCGAAUCACAGAGAGCUCCAUGCUCACCGUUACCGUUUCAAUUUUCGGUUCAGAUGAAGACGGAUCAGAUGAUUCACCGUCAAUACAGUUGCCAGUUUCUCAUCAAACGUUUGCRUUGGAAAUCGGGACUCUGCUGAGAUCAUAUAUAGCGGAGCAGACUCUGGAAAGGAUUCAAAACAUAAACUAUUCCGAUGAAAGCUUGCAAUUAGUACGAAAAUGCAUGGCAAAGAUCAGGAGCGUUGUUUCGUUUGUGAUUGAAAUAUAUUUCUUUAUAUCUCAACGGAACAUGAUGAUGCCUGCUGCAGCACCAGCUGGGGGAGAAGCUGAGGUCGAAGAGGGAUUGCACAUUUUGGAGAUCGAUCUAGUGAAYAAUGGACACUUCAUCCUACGACCUUUAAACGACGGUGURUACUUUCUCUCAAGAAUAGUAGAAGAUGAUGCCCCACUCCAGUUUUGGUGCUUAUUGAAACUUCAAAGAAGCAAUGGCACAAUAUCUUCACAGAUUUAUCAUCCGGAAGGAGAGGAAGUUGCAAUGAGUGCAAUGGCGCAUAUCCAUGGUGUAGUGUGUUCCUGUAUCAACCUUGUGAACCAACAACUUCUAUUGAGAAGGUAAGCUUUUCAGGUAAUGUUUUGCUGUUAUAUUUAUUUUUGUACCAUAGCGCAACUAAAAUCUGUCUACCGCAGCAUGCAUCGAACGCGUACAGUCUCUGAGCUACUGAUACCAAACUCGACUCAACAGUCAGCAGGUUUGGCUGAUACGGAGAUUGAAAGAAUUGCGUCAGACACAUUUGUUCCAGGAAUAUUUCAAUGCCCUAUCGUUUAUCGUAAACUCUUCGGACUGUAUCACAGAGCAGCAACAAAUCCUGGCCAAGUUGCUCGAACACUCGAAGCCACCGUACUUCAUAAUUUUGCCGUUUCAAAUAGGCCGGGAAUUUUUGUGUACAAGGAUGAGACUGGUGCAAUAUUCUACAUGAAACUUGAGCCUAGGGGAAGUGGGAUAGAUUCUGAUGGCCAUGUUGAACUACUUGUUUAUGGGAUCAAGAAGCCGGGCCCAUCGGUCACCGAACAACUCCGUGUUCUUCUCCAAAGAAGACUUUUGCACAUAGGUGUGGAUAUGCUCUCCUCGGUUUUGACAAAGAACCCACAUUUUAAAUGGAAGCAAGCCGACUUUCUGUUCUUACGCUCGUUCGAUAGUGAAUGGAAAAAGUUGGAGAAAGAAAAAGUGAAUGAAGGAAAUGGCCAUUACUAUUACAAGUUCCCAUGUAAAGUUUAUGACCCGUGUAUGGUUUUACUUUUCUUUCGACAAAAUCUCUGUGGGACUACUUUCUUCCAUAGAUUGAAUGACAUAAGUCAAGAUGGGAGUUCUCCCAGUCCAACCAUUGGCCUUGAUGGUAUGCUGACAUCUGGAGGAACCACCCUGAAUAUGAAUGACCACGAGUUUUCUCUGUAUUUUAACAAUGCGCCUUCCAAGCUUGAUCCUGCAUUUCAAGGGUUUAACACUUUGACUGAGAAAGGCGAAGACUAUUGUAGAAAAAUCGGCCCAGGAAUUGCAAUCGUAGAAUUCACUUUGAUCGAUGGUAAGGGAAAUAGUCUGAAUAAACUGCAUUUUGCAGAGCCGGCGAAUGAAAGUUCUAGCUUUCCUGAGUUGCCUCUCAGCGAUAUAAGGAUGCGGUGUUUUGCUGAAAGACCUUCUGACAGUCUAGACGACUCGGUCUAUGUCCGCAUCAGAAUUACAGACACUGCGCUAAAGCGAGAAAUAUUGAAUCAAUGGAUUUUGCUCACUUUUAAUCAAGCCCUGAUUGCUUGGGUUACUGAGAGAAUGCUCGAACGAUCGUUUUAUGGUCUUUUGAGGCCGGUUAAGGAUUGCAGUAUUAAUAAGCUUGACAUGAAACGAAAGGUCCUGGUCGAUAAAUUGUGCCCUGGACUCCCUACCAUCAACACUAUAUUGGAGUCCUCGUAUAACCUACCACAUGCUGCAAUCCAAAGAUACGAAAACUCUGGUGUAAUACGCUCCUCAAUGGUUGCAACUCUAACGCUUGACCUACUGGAAAACUGUAUCCUGAAACCAUUGGUUGAGAAGAAAAUGAUCACCAUUGUCGAUGGUGGCGAUGAUUGGUCAAAGUGUUCACUGUCUGAAAAAUUUAAUUUGAACCUCUGUGUCAUAAGACUUUCAAGAUCAGAGAAGCCUCAUAUUGCGCACCUGAAAUGGAAUGCUAGUGGUCGUAAGAAGGCAGCAGUAUCGAUUUCUUCAAAAAAUGGGAUUUCAAGACCCGUAGAAGACUCCCCGGUAGAUUGCCCCGAGUAUAUCUGUUUCUUCACUGUGGCAGAACGAGACCGUAAUAUUAAAGGAAUUGAUUCUCAGCUGAGAUUAUACCGAGAGGUGGUGAUCCAUGAUGGAAUAAGCGAAAAAAGCGAGUCAAUCGAUUUGUUGGAAUCGGUGAGGGGGAAAAGUCCACGAGCAUUUCUGCGUUCAUUCUCCUUUAUAUUUUCGGUCAAACGCAACUCACGACGCCUGUGGACAUAUAACUGGAAUCCGAAACUUGUGAAAAGGUGAGUGAGUCGGUUUUCUACAGCCUGUUGUUUUCGCUCUCUAAUCAUGUCUCUGAAUACAAACAUUUACUUUUCCUGCAUUAGUGUGAAGACAUUGAUUCACGAAGUCGAAGCAUCGAACCUUGCAGAUACGAGUCGUGAAUCAUCUAUAUUGCAGCGGCGUUUACUAGGAGCACUAUCUCCGGGUUUAGUUGAAGCUACCAGUAAAAAGAAUACCCAACAGAAAAUCCAACACAUCUCCCCAGUUUCAGAARUCUCUUCAAGUCAGGGAAAAGAGAAAAAAUCUAGUAUUGAAACUUCUACAGACGGACCAACGAGAAGAAUAAGGCGUCCCACUAUGAUUCGCCGGCCUAAGCUCAUUGGAAAGUCGGUCGAGGGGGCGGCAAUGCAGGCCAUGGCUGCAAGUAGAAAACGUGCAAGUACAAACCAAUUCAAGAACAUAACGAAUCCUUCAGCCGGAACGAAAGCCCCGUCGAGACUACAAGUGAAUCAAAACAGUAGAAAUGCACGAGGAAAUCUCGCAGGGAAGACGCAAUCCAAUUCCAUUCGAUCUCAGAGAAGGGCUUCUCGGAUCCAAGAGGAGGAAAGAGACGAAACUUUGAGUCGAGUUUUGAAUGAUUAUUUUCGCCUCUGUUCAAGGCCCCAAGCUCAACUUAGACGUUUGAGUUUGAUACAGAGCCAAGCCCGGUCGCAACUCGCAGAUAUUUGGUGGCCUCAAAGCCAAUCUCAAACUAUCCCGAAGUCAGUAGCCGAGUUUUUGAUUUCAGUUGCACCGAAUGCAUGGAAUGACGUCUGUGCUCUACCACCACUACCCGGGGGCGUCUUUGACGUUUUUAUCCCCACGUUAGCCAGAUGGGUGGUGGCGCUUACACCUGGUCUAGAACUUCUUCCGGUGUCAUUGUCCCUGAAUCAAGUGACCAAGAGAGUCGAUUCAUUACUACUGUGCUCUAAAAUUCGGAAUGUCCGCGGAAGCAAAUGCUGCGCGAUCACACGAAUCUCGGUCGUUGGGCGUAAAAGUACGAAGCAGGGACUCUCCUUAGUGAGGUCGGAGGGAUGGGUUUUGAAUUUAMGAAGACGCUCCAAAUCAUCAAAAAUAGCGAACAAACGUCGAAAAGUGAGAUCGUCAUAUCUUACAGAAAAGGAUUCUGCUGCAAUGGACAAGCUCUUAAAAGACGUUCAUGUGAGUUUGCGACUUUGCCGCUUGUCGUAAACACAUAAUUUGUGUCUAACAAURUAUCUCUUUCUAGCAUUCUUUGUUUUUGCAAAGCUUACUAUUUGAUUUCAGUGCUUCAAUGGUGGAGAGGGCAGUCAGACUACUUGAUGAAAGGAUACAUUUCAACGAUCUUGUUCCAACCGUACAAGAACUAACGAGGCGUUAUUCAUAUGGAAAGCAAAAGCGGUAAGAUACCUUCGACCGAGAAAUAUGAGCAUUUCUACCAUUCAAUUCGUCGACUCAACAAAUCCACCUUUAUAUUUUCUAGAAUGCCAAUGUUGAAUCAUCGAGCGUUUGAAGCAACUAUCGUUCUCAAAUCAUACAAUGACAGACUUAUUGAUAUGUUUGACGCAAAAAUACUGUUCGAAAGACUUUGCAUCGAAGCUGAGGAUCGCGAGAUGUUAAGAUGUGGAAAUUCCUUGUGUUUGAAAUCAAUCAGUAUGAAAGGAAGUCACUGUAAGUAUUUACUCUCGUAGUAUUUCUGCACCUGAGACCAAGCGGUAACACCAUUCUAACUUUCUCCAUUAUGUCACUGUGACAGCUAUGUGUUUCAUCACUCUACAUCCAGAGGAUGCGAAAAAGAUGAAAUUGGUCAUUUUGAGUCGCACACAGGGCCUUGACCUUGCUGAUUUUAUGUUCAGGGAAGGUAGCAAUGUUGCAAUUCAUAUUCUUGACAAUAUCGCAAUUGAAGGUAGCCGCCUUGCUCUGAAGGAAUUACACUUUGUUGCAGAAUGUCUCCUGAAAGAUAGCUUAUGGAAGUCAUUCUCCUCUAGAAGGUCACCACAUACUUCAUUCCAAUCCACAAUCCACAAAAUGCCACAACAACAGAACUUAGAUGAGCUAUUAAGGCUUGUUCCAUCACAUCCUUUUCUCCAGCUACCCAUGAGUGGAAGUUUCAGAAUUGAUAGGAUCAAUCCUGAUAUUUCUUUUCUUUUUGACAAGGAAUCUGGAAUUAACUGGUUAUCAUGCUGCUCAAGUAUGAAACAAAACAAAUUCUUUUCCCCUCAUUCUUACACUGAAGAGAGGGGCUUUAUCAACAACCUUUUCUAUAUGGAGUCUUAUGAUGUKUUCCUGAUGAUAGUAGUGAAACGGGACGCAUCACUGCUCAGAAUUGAUGUGAUUGAGAAGAAGCGUGCUCCGGACAAAUACCAUUUGAUCUUUGAUUCUGUGGUCAAUUUCAUUUUACAUUUUGUCUGGUACAAUCUUUGAGAUUAACUUCUGGUGGUGACUACUACAUCAUAAUGAAAGUACUACUAGUAGUACUACUACUAGUACUGCCAGUAGUACUACCACCACCCAGUACGAUGCUUACUAUUAGUAGUACUAGUACUAGAAGAAGUACCAGUCAAGCUGGCGAAUAGAGAAAUAUUAUUGUUCAGUUUUGUGGAGUGGUACUAGCCACUUACAUAAUGACUGUUUGAUUAGUAUAAGGUCUCUGGUAUCUAUCUAGCUAUGGAACACAUUAAGAUUACGAGUUUUAAGCAUAGGUGUUAAUGAUAGUGGUACCGGUACCUGCUGUACCAAAAUCGCCUGAAGAAGUAAUAUUCAACGUUCAAAAAAGAGACUAAGAUUAAAAAAGAGAUUCUAAAUGUGCUUCUGACGGACCGGUACAGACCGCGUAUGUUACAACCACGGAUAGCGUAAUACCGAUAGGGAAGAUUUUACGAAAUCCAGGACAUGUCACUACACAGGAACUGAUAUCGACCACAUCAAUCAAAAACAUUGUACUCCGAUGAGAGAACAAACUAGGAAUAAAAAUACCCAGAAGAAAAUUUCUCAAAGUCAAGAUCAAACGAAAGGGAAACAAUGGUGUUUUUCAGCUGCGAUGGGUGCGGAGAAAUGCUGAAAAAGAAUAAGGUAGAUGCACAUGCAGCAAGAUGUCGCCAGUGCGCUUCGGUUAGCUGUGUGGACUGCUCGGUGUCAUUCUGGGGUGGUAAGUUCGAAUUCGAUGAUUCUACCGAUUUUUUCCGAUGAUUACAAAACCAUGAAACUCGAUCUUGGCGUAUAUGCCAAUGUGAGCAAUUUCUAAAUGUUUUAAUUAAACUAUGCAGGAAAGAGAAAUGCACAGCAAGUUAUAUUGUUUUGGGAGUAACUACGUGUUCUAAUCACGCCUGCCCGUUUAUUGUUCCUAAUCGCACGACCAUCAAAUCUAGAUAGACGACUAUCGUUUGCAUACUUCCUGCAUAUCAGAGGCUGAACGUUAUGAGAAGUCAGUUUAUUCAAAACCUAAGAAAACGAAGCGCAAUCCUCAGCAAGAAUGGAUGGACAUUGUAGAAACGUGCGCGUCUUCAGCUCCACCCCAUUUAAGUCAUCACUUCAAUACUAUGACAACACUUGACAAUAUCCCUCGGCAAGAGAAAAAAUUUGUCAAUUUUGCAUCGAAUUCAUUACAAUUGAGGGGUCACAAUAAAAAAAUUGUUGACGAGAUAUGGAGUUGCUUAAAACAAGAAAGAGAGAAACGAAUUGCAGAAAGAGAUAGACAACAAAAGGAGGAAAAAGAAAAGAAAGAACUUGCAGAAAAGGAAAAACAACAACAGCUUGAAAGAGCAGCCGCUAGUCGUAAAUCAGAAGAAAAAAAGUUUUCGAAGAAUGGUGGAGACAAUGACCUGCCGAUUGACGCCAAACAAGUGAAAAAGAUUGCUAAGAAAACGCUGAAGAAAGCGCAGGGGAAGUCUAUGGCAAUUAAAGCAUUGAGAAAGACAGUGGGGAAAGAAUUGGGCCUCCCAAAGAGCGCGAAGAAACAACUAAAAAAGAUUUUGCUUGAAACCGCUAAGGCUAGCAAGGACAAAAUAAUCAUUGACGGGGAGAUAAUUCGACUGAAAAUGAAUGAAUAGCUACUGAUGACAAUUUGUAUAAUACAAUAAUGUAUUCCAU